GCAGCUCAUGAUCCUCCAGUAGUUGGUCAGCACGCCACAGGGCACGGGGCAGGGCCAGGGUGCCGCCGAGGGGCUGCCAGGACACACGGAAAACAAGUCAAUCACACGUUCGCCACACGCCACCAAGCCUCUCGCCACUACGCGCCUCCCUCCCGGCUAACACACGCCACUGGCCACCUUGAAAUGCUUAUACACGUAAAGCCCGUGGGCUGCAACGCCUCCCUCGGUGACGUGAGCACCGAGGAGGAAAUACGCGUCGCCCGAACCUCCGCAACGCAGCCUCGUCCUCCGCGGCCCUCCUCCUCCCUCCACAUCUCCUCGCCCUCGUCCCCCACCUCGCCCUCGCCCUCGCCGCCGCCCUCCACGGGAGUGACGUCACGCCCCGCGCCCGCCGCCCUCCGUCCCCCGCUCAGGCCACACACGGGUCUUCUCAGCGUCCCGUCUCCAUUGAUUUUACUUGACGCCCGGCGCUGCGGCAUGGACCCCACGCGGAGACACUUCAUCAACCAGCUCCCAGACUACGCCGGAGGGGAUGUCAGCCUGCCGAGCGCUGAGCUGCUGACCCGCCGAGUGCUGGACCACGUCAAAACCAUCAGCACCAAGUGGGACAAGACAGCGAGGAACUGUGAUGGGGGCCUGUACGUGGGCCUCACGGGGGCUGUCUACACCUACCACCGGCUGGCAGGCAUCCCUCAGCUGGCCGCAGAGAAGGAGCGGCUGAUGGAGCUGGCCCGGGACCUGCUCGUAGUCAUCACGCGUUCCAUCAGCCACCACAAGUUGGACGUCGCUGCCUUCACGCUCGGAAAUGCUGGCACUUAUGCUGUUGCUGCCGUCAUCUAUAAGGAGCUGGGUAACCUGGAGGAUAGCAAAAUAUACCUGAACAAGUUCAUUGGUCUGGCCCAUAUAGUAACACCUAUCGAGUGGCUGUCCUGCGGUGGAGAUGAAUUUUUGGUGGGCCGUGCGGGCUACCUUGAAGGUGUUCUUUGGCUCCGUGCAAAAUUAGGUGCAAAGAUAUUGGAGGAUGCAAAGCUGUUCCCCAUCUUGGACGUGAUGGUAGAGUCUGGCAAACGGUACUCCCAGGCCCACCAUAGCUGUGUCCCCCUCAUGUACCAGUACUACCAGACAGAGUACCUUGGGGCAGCACAUGGUGUGUCUGGCAUCCUGGUCAUGCUCCUCUGUUUCCCAGAAUGGCUGAACAGUCGUCCCGAGUCCAAGGCUCUGAUCAAGAAGGCCCUGGAUGCGUUGAUUGCCCUUCAGCAGCCCAAUGGUAACUUCCCUGCCUCCAUGGAUGAGGUUGGGGUAAGCAGAGGUCGGAGAAGAGACGAGCUGGUUCACUGGUGUCAUGGAGCCCCUGGGUUUGUGUACAUGCUUGCCAAAGGCUACAUGGUGUUUGGAGACAAGAAGUACCUGGAUUCUGCCCUCAGAUGUGGGGAAGUUACCUGGGAGAAGGGCUUGUUAACCAAAGGACCAGGCAUCUGUCAUGGUGUGGCUGGCUCUGGGUAUGUGUUCCUCACCCUGUACCGACUGACACAGGACCCAAAGCACCUGCACCGGUCCAUUCAGUUCUUCCACUUCAUCUACACGGAGGAGUUCAAGCAGGCACGCACCCCUGACUGCCCUUACAGCCUUUUUGAGGGGGUGGCGGGCACGGCUUGCUAUGUUGCUGACCUUCUCAAUCCCAUGCAGUCUUCUUUCCCUCUCUUUGACAUUUUUUAAUACUUAACACCUGUCUGAAGUGUUGUAACAUUAACUGGAUAAGUUUUUAAUUAAGUGCCAGGGGGUUUUACCUCCAUUUUACUGGCUCCUAAACUUGUGUAGCUUUGUUUCUAACAUAUGUGUUUGCUAUCAGGGUUUAAUCCAAAAAUGGAGUAUCCCUGGAAGAGUGAGGGUUCUCAACUCUCCACCGACAUUGCAGUCACUUUUUUUCCCUUGCUGUGCCCUCAUGCCCUUCCUCCCACCAAAAGCAACAUUUGAAUCUGGUGUACUGAACUUUCCAUCAGUGACCGCUGCAAGCUUCCAGUCCCUUUCCGUAUGGUAUGUUGAAUGUAUACUUCCAUAUCCGGGAAGUACAUAGUAACCUGCUAGCUAUUACCAAGACAUGGAAUAGUAAGCAGAUAUGGCUUAAUAUUAUUACACCUUAUGCCUAAGCCUCUCCCUUGUAUUGAGGCUUAAUGGGGCUGUGAUACUAAACUUUCAAAUGUGUGUACCUGAUUUCACCUUAAUUUGUGUCCUCUGGAAUUUUCAUGUUUCUCAAAUGCCUUUCAUCAAAAUGUAAUAAUAAAGGUCUUCUGACAGACAAAGAAUGUCUUCUUAGUGACUAAACAGGACACAGUAAUGAAAACAUCUUGAUCAGGUAUGGACCAUUUUGUUCAAUUCAAAUACAAUUAAAAAGAACUUAUAAUUAGAUUAUAUUUAGAAUAUAGAAAACUUUCUACUGAAAAUACACAACUUUCUCCAAACGCUAAUGUAAAUUAACCAGUCACUGAAAUUUACACAUGAAUCCAUGAUUCUGAAUGACAUGUUCAUGACAUAAUGGCAACACUGAAAAAUAAAGUGACCCAAGCGCUCAGAACCCGACCAACGGAGUGAUUGACUGACUGUCCGGCGCUAACGCCGCUUUCUCUGUCUUGUGGGGGAACGAAAUAAUAUUUGUUAAAAUUGCACCAUACCAUUCCAUUCUCUCCUAAGGUCUAGAACAAUUAGUCAUUUCACUAGUUUUACAAAUGUAAUAAGCGAGCAAGUUCAAGGUAUACAGUGCUCUAUCAUACAAACUUGCCAAAGUUUUCAGCAUUUCACCACAUAAACAUAUUCAACUCUUUAAUUAAAGAGAUUCAUUCCAUUGCAAAAAUUGCAUAAUGAAGCAGUUCAGCAAAUGCCAAGAUAGCAAUUUGUGUGAUGAAUCUAGCAUUAAGAGUGGUAGUUUUAUGAAAAAAAUGAAGUGUGAAAGCCUCAAGACUGCUGUGAUGAGAAAAAUAGAGUAGAAAUUGUACAAUGACAAUG